UUGCUGGGCGCCGGCCCUCUACCGCGAGCGGCUUCUUCUGAGGCGGCGCUGAGGCGGCGGCCGUGGUCGCGGUCUCAGUCCCCGCCCCGCCGGCUGUGGCCCGCUGUGGUCCCGGCUCAGCACAGCGGCCGCCCAGCCCCUCAGGUCGGCGGGCGAUGGUACGGCGGGGCGCGCGGGCGCGGGCAUGACGGAGGAUGGAAGCGCAGGACGAGGUGUCGGCGCGGGAGCAGCACUUCCACAGCCAAGUGCGGGAGUUCACGAUAUGCUUCCUCCUCUUUGCCGCCCUCUACGCCGUCUCCUACGUCGUCAUCACGAGGUACAGGAGGAAGUCAGAUGAACAUGAGGAUGAAGAGGCCAUCGUCAACAGGAUUUCGCUGUCCCUGAGCACGUUCACGCUCGCCGUGUCCGCCGGGGCCGUGCUGCUGCUGCCCUUCUCCAUCGUCAGCAACGAGGUGCUGCUCUCCUUCCCGCACAGCUACUACAUCCAGUGGCUCAACGGCUCCCUGAUCCACGGUCUGUGGAACCUCGCUUCGCUCUUCUCCAACCUCUGUCUGUUUGUCUUGAUGCCCUUUGCCUUCUUCUUCCUGGAGUCGGAAGGUUUCGCCGGCCUGAAAAAGGGCAUCCGGGCCCGCAUCCUGGAGACGCUGGUCAUGCUGGUGCUGCUCGCGCUGCUGAUCCUCGGCAUGGUGUGGGUCGCCUCGGCACUGGUGGACCGCGACGCGGCCAGCAUGGAGUCCCUGUACGAUCUCUGGGAGUUCUACCUGCCGUACUUGUAUUCCUGCAUAUCGCUGAUGGGGUGUUUGCUACUUCUCUUGUGCACCCCCGUGGGCCUGUCCCGCAUGUUCACCGUGAUGGGCCAGCUGCUCGUGAAGCCGGCGAUUCUCGAAGACCUGGAUGAGCAGAUCUAUAUCAUCACCCUCGAGGAAGAAGCGCUCCAGAGGCGACUGAAUGGCCGGUCGUCGUCAGCGGAGCACAGCGCGGAGCCGCGGGAGCAGGAGCAGGAGCUGGAGAACGUGAGGGCUCUGAAGACGAAAUUGGAGCGGCGGAAGAAGGCGUCGGCGUGGGAAAGAAACUUGGUGUACCCCGCCGUCAUGGUCCUGCUCCUCAUUGUGACCUCCAUUUCGGUGCUCCUGGUGGCCUGCAACAUUCUUCGCCUGCUGGUCGACGAAACAGCCAUGCCAAAGGGCACGAGGGGGCCUGGGAUAGGAAGUGCCUCUCUCUCUGCUUUUGGUUUUGUGGGAGCCGCACUUGAAAUCAUUUUGAUUUUCUAUCUCAUGGUGUCCUCUGUCGUCGGCUUCUAUAGCCUCCGGUUUUUUGGAGACUUUCUUCCCAAAAAGGAUGACACGACCAUGACAAAGAUCAUCGGGAACUGCGUGUCCCUCUUGGUCCUGAGCUCCGCGCUGCCCGUGAUGUCCAGGACGCUGGGGAUCACCAGGUUCGACCUGCUGGGAGACUUCGGCAGGUUCAACUGGCUGGGGAACUUCUACAUCGUGCUGUCCUACAACCUGCUUUUCGCCGUCGUGACGACGCUGUGUCUGGUGAGGAAGUUCACCUCGGCCGUGCGGGAGGAGCUCCUCAAGGCCCUAGGGCUCCGCAAGCUGCGCCUGCCCACGGCCUGCAGGGACGCAGAGACGGCCAGGCCAUCCGCAAACGGGCACCAGAAAGCCCUGUGACGCCUGCUCCUCGGCCCAGAGACCUGGCCCGGCCUGUCGGCACGCCCGAGAUGAACGCCUCGCAAGGGCUGCGGCCACUUUCUCGUCCCCCACGGGAGCCCCACUGUCGCGGGUGCCCUUCCUCUCCAUGGAGCUCCCUGUGGGGGCCUGCCCCACGCCCACACCGGCUCACGCCCCGCAGUGGCCCCUGUGUGCGACGGCCCGGGAGACCCCCACUCAGGAGACCCUCACUCGGGCCACCCUCUGUUUCGGGCAGGUCGCAGCACGCCGCGGCCCUGCUGCCGGGACGGGGGGCCAAGGCCAUGCAGAAGGGGGGACCCUGGGCCCGUGCGGUGGCGUGGGGGACGGCAGCGGUGGCCUGCGGGGCCCUCCCAUCCGUCGAGCGGGCACGACGCGCAGCCCUGCCACACGUCACGGGGCGCCAAGGGGCCGGGAGUCGAGGGAGAGCGGGGGCUGCCCACUGCUGAGCCCCGGGGCCCCACACUGGGGCCAGUGUGGGGACACGGUCCACGGCCCCUUGCACUCUGCCCUCCAGGCUGUGCGCACCCUCGGUGCUGUGCUCCCUCGCGCUCCCGUGCCCGCCAGGCACUCGGGCCACGCCGAGGCGGAGACCCCUUCUUCCACUGGGCGCGGCCGGCCUCGCAGCUCUCGCCAGUUCACCCCUCAGGCCCGUGGCCGUGGCCAGUCCCACGCCAAGCGCACUGCGUUGGCGCCCGGGACGGCAGAGCCACCCUGCCCUGCGCCCACACAGACGGUCUUCCCGUCGCCCGUCUGUGGAGGGCUCCGGGCAGGUCUCUCGCCCGAGGGCGCUGAGCGCAGCUGCCCCGUGCUGGUGUCCGAGGGGGGCCGAGGUCCGUAGGGCGUGCGCUCAGAGCCCGCGGGCGGCCCUGAGUCCCCGCGUGUUCUCAUGUGCGCCGUGUGGGGGGCGGGCCGUCUGCGCUUCCACCGCAGCACAAGGCCCUUCUCCUCAAACCGUUGCAUCUGAAGCUUUUUGGGGGAGAAACGAUGAAAACCAGGCUGCGUACGUCCUACAUAAAGCGUGUCCACUUAGAGCCAAACGUGCAGGAAAACCGAUCAGUGUGUGAACGCCCCACCGACUGCACCUGCCCUGCGUGUGCGUCUGCGUGUCGUCCCGUGACCACUCUCUGGGAGAGCACCGCACGAGUGUGGACGACGGCACUCGGGAGCCGGCAGCUCUCGCGCCGCUGACCACCAGCACAGGCCCCGCACGCUGAGGGCGGUGAGGAAGGCGGGCCGCGCUCUCGUGUCUCCGGGAGCCGCACCGAGGUCAGCACGUCAGUCGCAGACUUUGCUUUCCGCCGAGACUGGCUCGCAGUCCGUCCUUGGAGCAGAACGGGCCACCGGAGAGGAGGAGGAGACGUCCGUCGUAAAGGGCUAUCUCGGGGAGGUCGCGCCGGCCUCGGGCACGUGCAGGGGCGCGCUCCUGCCCGCUGGUGAGACGCCCGCGCGCUGCGGAGUGAGCCUCAGCUUCUCCGUGUGAACAGCAGGUCCGGGGUCACAGUGCCUCCGUGGGGGCCCGAGCUCCUCCGGGCCGGGAGGCAGCACUGCCAUUUCCUCGUGCUCCCGCUCCCGGAGUGUCUGCCCCGGGGCCCGCUGUGAGCCCCGGUGUCCCGCACGACAGCAGCCAGGCCAGGCCCUGCCGACAAGGACGCGCCUGGCCACUCGUCCCCGUGGGGGGUGUCCAGGGACGCGUUGGGUCAGCGGCAGGCGCCUGCGAGGGGCACUGGUGAGCAGAGGCGGCCUUCCUGGCUCCCCAGCAGCGGUGGUGGCCGGCGGGGAGCCGCCGCUUCGCUGCUGCCAGGGGAGUGCGUCCCCGGCGGCAACAGGCAGGGCGCUGCAGCUGUCUCGGGAACUAGCCCACUCCUCUCAUUACUUGGUUCUGCAUAUUUAAAUAAAUUAUUUUGGAAUUAC